AUGCUCAGGACUGGCACUACCGCGCACGGCCUGUCGGCUGCGAGGGCUCUUGCCACCCUGCCUAAGAUCAAGCACACCAAGCUGUUCAUCGACAACGAGUGGGUGAGCUCUUCGUCGGGAAGCACCUUCCAGACUGUUAACCCCACCAACGAGGAGGUUCUGGCCGACAUUCACGAAGCUGGCGAGGCCGACGUUGAGCGUGCUGUCGCAUCGGUGAAGGAGCUGCCCCAGCUUGAAAUCUUUGUGUUGACCCCUCCCCCGCUCCACAACUCAGCCCGCCAUGCGUUCGACAAGGGUCCUUGGUCGAAGGCCACCUGCUACGAUCGUUCCAACCUGCUCAACCGUCUGGCCGACCUGGUCGAGCUGCACAGGGACGAGCUCGCCGCUCUCGAGUCGGCGGACAACGGUAAGCCCGUCCACAUCGCCAACGCCCGCUAUUCGUUCUCACCCAGAUCCCUCGGCUCGCCACAGGCCGACGUGGGCCUUACCAUUCAGUGCCUGCGUUACUACGCCGGCUGGGCCGACAAGAUCUCGGGCAAGACCAUCCCCACCGCCUCCAACGACUACUUCACUUACACCCGCAAGGAGCCGAUUGGCGUGGCCGCUCAGAUCAUCCCCUGGAACUUCCCUCUGCUGAUGGCCGCCUGGAAGCUCGCCCCCGUGCUGGCCACUGGCUGCGUGAGCAUCCUGAAGCCCGCCGAGCAGACCCCUCUGACCGCCCUCAGGCUCGCUGAGCUCAUCAGGGAGGCCGGCUACCCUGCUGGUGUCGUCAACGUUCUGCCCGGUCAGGGCAACGCUGGCGCCCUCCUUGCUAAGCACAACCUCGUGGACAAGGUGGCCUUCACCGGCUCCACUGAGGUCGGCCACAAGAUCCUGGCUGCCUCGGCGGCCAGCAACCUGAAGCGCGUGACGCUCGAGCUCGGCGGCAAGUCCCCCAACAUCGUUCUCCCCGACGCUGACCUCAAGGAGGCCAUCGCUGGCGCCCACUUUGGCCUCUUCUUCAACCACGGCCAAGUGUGCACUGCUGGUUCGCGUGUGUUCGUGCACAAGAAGCAGUACGACGAGUUCGUUGAGAAGAGCACUGAGCUCGCCAAGAAGAGGAGAGUCGGCAACCCUCUCCACGCCGAGACCGAGCAGGGUCCCCAGGUCUCGCAGGAGCAGAUGGAGCGCAUUCUGCACUUCAUCAACAUCGGCCAGAAGGAGGGCGCCAGCAUGACUGCCGGCGGUGCCCGCGUGGGCGACAAGGGCUACUUCGUGGCCCCCACUGUCUUCGCCGACGUGUCCGACAACAUGACCAUCGCCCGUGAGGAGAUCUUCGGCCCCGUGAUGUCGAUCAUGAAGUACUCCGAGCUCGACGAGGUCAUCGAGUGUGCCAAUGACUCCGUCUACGGUCUCGCCGCCGGUGUCUGGACCAGGGACGUCGGCAAGGCUCACUACGUCGCCAGCAAGCUCAGGGCCGGCACCGUGUGGGUCAACUGCUUCAACGUCUACGAUAGCGCGCAGCCCUUCGGUGGCUUCAAGAGGAGCGGCAUGGGCCGUGAGCUCGGCGAGGAGGCCCUUGCCAACUACCUGGAGCACAAGAGCGUCACCACCAAGCUCUUCUAA